AUAUAUGUUCGCAUAUGCGAGAAGCGACACCUAUAUGUCAUCACGUUACACCGCCAUUCAUCUGUUCAUCGAUUACCGAUUCGACGAUACAACAGACAGCUUGCGUUUCUUGACGUUUCUGGAUUUCCGCCUCUUCCUUCUUCCAUCAACUGACGUCUAUAAAAGGGGCCUCCAAAGCGUAUGCAACCCUCUUUUUCGUCAUCGAGUGAACCAACAGGUGGAGUGCCGAUCAACAUCGACGAGUGGUUGCAACGAGAGAAUGUGGUCAUCAAGAAAUUAUUGAAGUGAAAGUGAAUUAUGAAAUUAAAUUAAGUAAAUUAGAACUGUAGAGUAAAAGUAACGGUAAAUAAAAGUAAUUAAUGAAGUGAAUUAGGCAAAAAUAAAGUGAACUAGUAAACCUAACCUAACUGUGUACGUGAGAGACUUGCAAGAACUGUAUCUGAGUGUAACGGUGAAGAACGGAAAUAAAAUUGUGUCUCCAAUCGCUGAGCAAUUCGACACUGGUCCUUCGAGCCGGAUAGCGUGAACUCCGCUAGUCCGUCAGCCCGGAAUCUUCGCCGGACCUACCAGAUCUACGCCCGCCACGUGCCAAGGAGGUUAACCGGUUGGAAGUUCUAUACAUACAAGGCAUUCGAACUGCCUUGAGCAGGUAAUUAUCUUUCCAACACCCCUAUCCCUUCUCCGUUGAGCUGCGCGGUCUUCCGCCUUCCAGAUUCCUUCGUUUCCUGGACAUUCUCGUCAUCCCACUACGCUACGCGCCCGUCACGUGUCAAGGAGGUUGGCUGUCUAGAACAUUCUAUACAAGGCAUUGAAAUUGCCUUACUAAGGUAAUUAGUAUUCCAACACUUCCACCCUCUUCUCUUUUGAGCUGCGCGGUCUUUCGCCUUCCAGAUCCGUUUACUUCCCGGAUUCCUUCACUGUAUCGCCACUAUGUCGUCAACGGAACGACGCAUCAAGGGCCUCAAGACGCGUUUGAAGAGCCUACUAACCUCGUUCAAUCUCAUCAAGACCUUCGUGGAAGACUACCAGGAAGAGCGGGAUUCUCGUCAGGUCUCGGUACGUCUUGAGCACCUAUUGACCCUCUGGAGGGACGUCAACGCAACGCAGGCGGAACUUGAGACGCUGGACGACGAGGGUUUGGACCAAUAUCUGAAGGUCCGCACUGACUUCGAGACCAGCUACUUCCACGUAAAAGGCUUCCUACUGUCCGUUAACAAGUCUGCUGAACCCGCCUCACCAUCUGCCUCUCGCUCACCCGCUCAAAACCCGCCAACUUCGUCCUCGGUACGACUACCCGACGUGAAGCUGCCCGUGUUCUCCGGUCACCUCGAUAGUUGGCUUAACUUUCACGAUCUGUUCGUUUCUCUCGUCCACUCGUCCCAUGAGCUCUCCAAUAUUCAGAAAUUUUACUACCUGCGGUCUUCCCUUUCUGGAGAUGCCCUCAAGCUGAUCCAGACUAUCACAAUCAGCGCCAACAACUAUCAGGUUGCGUGGAACUUGCUAGUUGACCACUACCAGAACCCCGUUCUGUUGAAGCAGUCUUACGUAGACUCACUUUUCGAGUUUCCUUCACUCAAAAGGGAAUCUGCUUCGGAGUUACACUCUCUGGUCGAAAAGUUCGAGGCGAACGUCCGAGUACUCAAACAGUUAGGGGAGAAGACGGAGUUCUGGGACAUACUCCUAAUCCGAAUGCUGAGUAGCAGAUUGGAUCCGACAACCAGACGUGACUGGGAGGAGCACUCGUCGACUAAGGCCAACGUUGCGUUCAACGAUCUGACGUCCUUCAUACAGCGUAGAGUCACCGUACUGCAGACGAUCAACAAGCCAAUCGAAGUUCUGUCCCAGAGUGCCCCCAAGAAGCCCGCUCAUCGCUCCGUCGCCAGCCACGGGGCCAGUCAGCCCAACUAUCGCAAGUGUCUCGUCUGCUCUGACCAUCAUCCCUUGUACCUCUGCGCCGUUUUCUCAAAGAUGACCAUCGAAGACAAGGAGAAGGAUGUCCGACGCCACCAACUGUGUCGCAAUUGCCUCCGUAAAGGCCACCAAGCGCGUGAAUGCCCCUCGUCCAGUACCUGUCGCAAAUGCAGAAGCCGUCAUCAUACUCUACUUUGUCCCGGAGAAGCCCUUCCAGUGUCUGCGAACUCCAGAACCUCGGAAGCUGUCCAACCAAAGGCACCCUCUGUUCCCGUCCUACAGGAGCAACCUAGAAACUCUGCCUCUGCCGGAUCGCCCCCCGUUAGCUGCGCUUCUUCCGGUCUGAAACCGAAAAGCGUUCUUCUGGCCACCGCAGUGGUCAUUCUCGUCGAUGACAGUGGAGUCGAGCAUGCCGCAAGGGCCCUCUUAGACUCCGGCAGUGAGUGUUGCUUUAUGACCGAGUCGCUCGCUCAGCAGAUCAAGGCUAAACGCACCAAGAUCAACGUUCCGAUAACCGGCAUCGGACAGUCCUCGACGCACGCCAGGCACAAGCUUCAAUCGACCAUUCGCUCUCGUGUCAGUGGAUAUUCUACCGCCAUAGAGUUCUUGGUACUGCCGAAGGUCACCGUGAACCUACCAUCCACAUCCGUCGAUGUCUCUUCCUGGGAAAUUCCGGACGGAAUCCAACUCGCAGAUCCGUCGUUCCACGAUACGCAACCCGUUCAGCUCGUAUUGGGAGCGGAAAUCUUUUUCGACCUCUUCAAAGUUCCCGGUCGGAUUCAACUCGGUGAGUCGCAACCAAACCUUGUCAACUCCGUCCUCGGAUGGGUUGUAUCUGGAGGAAUUUCCAACUGCCGACCGACAUCUGUCACGGCCAACGUCGCUACAGUCGCCGAUCUCCAUCGCCUCAUGGAGAAGUUCUGGACAAUCGAAGAAACCAACGAGUCUUCCAACUACUCCGUCGAAGAAGCCGCUUGUGAGGCUCACUUCCGUCGUACCGUUUCUCGCUCACCCGAAGGCCGCUACAUUGUUCGACUUCCGUUGAAAUCAGACGUUCUCGCAACACUCGGUGACAAUCGCCGAUCUGCUCUCCGCCGUUUUCAUCUCGUCGAAAAUCGUCUGUCACGCAACCCGGAACUAGGUGGUCAAUACCGAGAAUUCAUGCGAGACUACGAGGAGUUGGGACACAUGCAGCUGGUCCACGACUAUGAAACGCCACCCUCACCUACCUACCAUCUGCCGCAUCACGCCGUCAUCCGUGAAGACAGCACGACCACCAAGGUGCGUGUGGUCUUCGACGCAUCCUGUCGAACAGCAGAAGGAUCAUCCCUAAAUGACGCGUUAAUGGUAGGACCCAUCGUCCAAGAAGAUCUUCGCUCGAUAAUCAUGCGCUCUAGAACCCAUCCCAUAAUGCUCAUCGCCGACAUAAAGCAAAUGUUUCGACAGAUACGAGUCGAUGAACGAGACACACCACUUCAGCGAAUAGUUUGGCGAUCAUCGUCGGACGCACCUAUGGGGACCUAUGAACUGAAGACCGUCACAUACGGCACUGCUAGUGCACCCUUUCUGGCCACCAGAGUACUCCAACAACUCUCCGAGGACGAGCAAGACCGAUUUCCGCAAGCCGCUCAAGUUCUGCGCAAGGACUUCUAUGUGGACGAUUUGUUUUCUGGAGGAAAGACUGUAGCGGAAACCAUCGCACUCCGGAGACAACUUGACUCCUUGCUGUCUGCUGGGGGUUUCGAACUACGAAAGUGGGCAUCUAAUGUCGAAGCUGUUCUAGAAGAAGUUGCUCCCGAUAACCGAGCUCUCAUGACGUCAGUGGACCUAGACCGUGACCAAUGCAUCAAGAGUCUGGGACUUCAUUGGGAGCCUGCGACCGACCAUCUUCGCUACAAAAUCGACUUACCGACGACCAACGACACCCCAAUCUCAAAACGGAUAGCUCUUUCCCAAAUAGCGCGCCUUUUCGACCCACUUGGCCUAGUGGGUCCCGUUAUAACAUCGGCAAAACUAUUUAUGCAGGCUCUGUGGACCCUGAAAUCCGACGAUGGAACAAUAUGGGGUUGGGAUGAAGAACUACCACCUUCCUACAGAGACAGUUGGCUCAACUACACUUCACAGCUGCCACUUCUGAACGAACUGCGCAUCGAUCGUUGCAUCCUCUGUUCAAAUCCCACUUCCAUCCAACUCCACUUUUUCUCGGAUGCAUCAGAAAGUGCAUAUGGUGCAUGUUGCUACAUCCGAUCCUCCAAUUUCGUUGGCGAAACUAAAACGGCACUGCUGACUGCAAGGUCUAAAGUCGCCCCCUUAAGGCGACAAAGCAUCCCACGUCUCGAACUCUGUGGAGCUUUGCUAGCAGCGGAGUUGUACGAGAAGGUAACGGCAUCCUUGAAACUCACAGCCGAAACAUACUUUUGGGUGGACUCGACGAUCGUCAUUUGUUGGCUCAAAUCUACACCGUCAGCGUGGACCACCUUCGUAGCUAACCGCGUCUCAAAAAUACAGCAUGCAACACAAAACUGUCCUUGGAAUCAUGUUUCGGGGCAGCAAAAUCCAGCGGACCAUAUCUCUCGAGGACUUCCAGCGGAAAUUCUGUUAAACGACGAACUCUGGUGGAAAGGGCCACAAUGGUUGGCACUAGAAAAGGAAUUUUGGCCAAUCCAGCACGCGACGUCCGACCUCGACUUCAACAGCAUCCCCGAAGCAAGAAGACCACCCACAAUUGCAAUUGCAGCCGCCACCGAACCAUCUUUCAUCGACCUGUUUAUCGCCAAGUUCUCCAACUACAACAAAAUGUUACGAGUGACUGCCUACUGUCGCCGUUUCCUCCUCCAUCUGCAGCGCAAUCCAAGACCACCCACCACAAUCAUCACCACCGACGAAAUGCAAGCAGCUGAAGCGAUAGUGAUUCGUCUAGUACAGCAACAACUUUUCGCUGCUGAAUGGAAACAGCUGCAACAAUCCCUGCCAGUCUCAUCGAAAUCACGAAUUCGUUGGUUUCACCCUUUCCUUUCCUCCGAUCAGCUGAUUCGUAUCGGCGGACGACUCAAACGGACACAACAACCCUUCGAUAGCAAACAUCAAAUUCUGCUUCCAUCCGCCCACGCAAUCUCUACCCUGCUCAUCCGCUCUCUGCAUGAAACUCAUUUGCACGCCGCACCACAACUGCUGCUCAACAUUCUUCGUCUGAGGUAUUGGAUAACCGGAGCCAGAAGCUUGGCCCGAAAGAUCACCCAACACUGCGUCGUCUGCGUCAGAGCCCGUCCGAAACUCGUCCAGCAGUUCAUGGCUGAGCUCCCAGUCGAACGAGUAACAGCAACCCGACCAUUCUCAAUUACUGGGAUCGAUUACUGGGGACCAAUUGCACUCAAACCAAUCCAUCGUCGAGCAGCCCCCGGUAAGGCAUAUGUUGCAGUUUUCGUUUGCUUUACAACGAAAGCUGUGCAUCUCGAGUUGGUGGGGGACCUAAGCACCGCCAAGUUCAUCCAAGCCCUACGGCGCUUCGUCGCUCGCCGUGGGCUGUGUGCAGAAAUCUUUAGCGACAACGGAAGGAACUUCAUUGGUGCUGCCAACGAACUACGCCAAAUCAUCAACAGUAAACAGCACCAGAAAUCCAUCGCCGAAGAAUGCGCAUCAACUGGCAUACGUUGGCGAUUCAACCCUCCGAAGGCCUCUCACUUUGGAGGACUGUGGGAGGCCGCGAUCCAAUCCGCCCAAAAACAUUUCCUGCGAACCUUGGGGACCCAAACGUUAGGCAUGGAGGACAUGCAAACACUUCUCUCCCAGAUCGAGAGUUGUUUAAACUCUCGUCCAAUUGUUCCGCUGAGUGAUGACCCAUCAGACUUCGAACCACUCAGUCCGGGGCAUUUCUUGACCGGUUCGUCCUUAAAGGCAGCUCCGGACAUCGAUGUCACCACAAUACCAAGUAAUCGGUUGAACAGCUAUCAGCAAAUCCAAAGGUUACUGCAGCAGAUUUGGCAAAGAUGGCACACCGAGUACUUAUGCACACUACAGUCGCGAACCAAAUGGAUCAACCAUCCCGUACCGAUCCAUAGGGGCCAGCUAGUCGUCGUAAAGGAAGACAACACUCCGCCGCUCCAUUGGCCCACUGCGCGGAUUAUCGAUCUGCAUCCAGGGUCCGAUGGUGUCACCCGCGUCGUCACGAUAAAAACAUCUGCUGGAGAAUACAAGCGUCCGGUCUCGAAAAUCUGCAUUCUACCAGUCGCAGUACCCGAUGACAACAAACCAGAGGAUCAUCAACAAAUGACACCCAGCGAUAUCUCCAGCCAAUCAUAGCUUCGUCUACCCGUCAACAGUCGAUGAAGUUGUCCAGCGUAGAACACCUAAAAAUAAACAAAUACAAGGUCCUUUUAUGAAAAGGACAAGUUCUGCAAUCAUUCGUCGCACGUGCAUCAAUUGACGUUUCUCAUCACAACAUCGGCAUGAUCGACAAUCGAGCAACAUCAUGUUGAACAUCGAGGCAACCGUCAGAAUGCGAUCUUCGAAGGGGCCAGGAUGUUCGCAUAUGCGAGAAGCGACACCUAUAUGUCAUCACGUUACACCGCCAUUCAUCUGUUCAUCGAUUACCGAUUCGACGAUACAACAGACAGCUUGCGUUUCUUGACGUUUCUGGAUUUCCGCCUCUUCCUUCUUCCAUCAACUGACGUCUAUAAAAGGGGCCUCCAAAGCGUAUGCAACCCUCUUUUUCGUCAUCGAGUGAACCAACAGGUGGAGUGCCGAUCAACAUCGACGAGUGGUUGCAACGAGAGAAUGUGGUCAUCAAGAAAUUAUUGAAGUGAAAGUGAAUUAUGAAAUUAAAUUAAGUAAAUUAGAACUGUAGAGUAAAAGUAACGGUAAAUAAAAGUAAUUAAUGGAGUGAAUUAGGCAAAAAUAAAGUGAACUAGUAAACCUAACCUAACUGUGUACGUGAGAGACUUGCAAGAACUGUAUCUGAGUGUAACGGUGAAGAACGGAAAUAAAAUUGUGUCUCCAAUCGCUGAGCAAUUCGACAAUAUAGAUUACCAAAUUAGGUCACAUUAUCACGAUUAAUUUACACAAGAGGUUCUCAAACUUUCUCAGUGGGUCGCAACUUUUGAUUUUUAUUGAAUUUGGUGACUCACCAGAAUGUAUUUUCAUAACAUACGUCCGCCUUUCUCACACUAAGGGUCGCGAACCACCAGCCCCAUAAGAAAUACACGCGUUGGUAAAAAAGUUUGAAAAAGGCAAAAAAAUUUGGGCUGACUUUUGAAUAAAUUCAUUUUUUCGCUCUCAUAGGUUUAGAUGAACUUACGUAACGUAGCACAGUGCUCUUUUCGUUUCUCUAAGUCAAAAUUAUGUUAGAGUCCACAAGUGAUCAGUUUCAGUAAACUGUAUGUCUUAAGAAUUUAAGAUAUGUUUGAAAGUUUCUAACACAAAUCAACCCAGUCUGGUUCCAUGCAACAUUACAGGUCACCUUAGAUUUAAGGUACUCCACCACACAAUUUUGAACAAGACAUAGAAUUUAUGAAUAGUCUUUGGAAUAAUUGUGGCAAUUAAGUGCUUUUGAACUAAAAACUUUCAAAAUUUAUUUUAAAAUAUAAGGAAAUAAAAUAAAGAAAUAAAGCAUUUUGUAUCGUGUUUUCUCGAAACAAUGGUUAACCCAUCAAACAGAUCCGGUUGAAUAUGCUUUUCUAUAUUUACGGCGAGUGAGUAAACAUCAAGUAGAGUUCUCAAAAUUAUAAGGCUGCUGUCCUAUUGAAAUUUCAAAUCAGAUCCUUCAUACUCAGUUAUUUUACUUUCGUUUUACUGAAAACACUUUUCAGCUAUUCUGAUUUCUGUUAAAGUACAGAUUAUUGAAAUUCAGUACAAUUUUACUAAAAUUAAGCUUUACCGGAGUUUGGUAAAAACAGAAAAGUCGGUAGUGGUUCGUUCGUUGAUUGAUUUCUGAAAUUGGCUGAUUUAUUUUUUAACUGAACUUAAUGUGUAAAUCUAACUGAAAAUGCUACACAGUUCGAAAAAAAAACUGUAAAUUUAUGACGGAUCGAAUGUAACAAAAGGACCCCGUCAUAUAUUAUGGAAAUUUUUUUGUGAUCUUCAAAUUACAUUGCAGAUAUCUUUUAGAAAAUAUAAAUAAAAUUUGAGCUCAGAGCAAGAAUUAAACUCAGAUCCUUGGGGCGUGAGUAGCACGCCCGAGCUCCCUCGGCUAUCUCUGCCUGUUGUAAAGCAGACAGUCAAAGUUAAACUGCUUCUACCAUAGUGCACGCAUUCCCGACAUACUCCGGCUGCUGCAGAGAGUGCUGAGAGAGACAACGUGGAAACCGCCACAGCUGCGAGGAGGGUGCAAAAUGUUCAUAGUCAUUUACUGAAAACAGCACGAAUUUGAAUGAUUCUGCACUGAAUAUUCAAAACAAACAAAUUCAUAUACGCUAUCCCUCUUCACACAGUCAGUCAAUUCGUAGUCAUUGAAUAUGUAGCCGAUCGAGAAACAUCUUCAUAAUUACCUACGUUUAUGGCUACGAUUCCUUCCAAAAAACACUUCACAACAAUCAAAUGGGAAAAUAUCUGUGUGAAGCAUCGUUAAAUGUAAUCGAAACGUUAGUACUUUAUCAGCAAUUUAACACUUUGUAAGAUGUUUGCAAAUAUUCAUUGUCUUUCAUUCAGUUGACAAACGAGUAUCGAACAAUGAAUAUGAAUAUGCAGGCAAGUGAAUGAAAAUUGCCACACAGUGAACUUCAACUCGUCUGCUCGAAAAUUUUACGCCCUGGCUGAGAGCAGCCGUUCAUUUAGCUGAUGACGGAGAGUGGCUGGCAUGAUUUAUAGUAAAUGCAUGUAAAUUUAAAGCGAAUAUGCAUUAAAAUCUGUGUAUGUCUUAAGAAUUUAAGAUAUGUUUGAAAGUUUCUAACACAAAUCAACCCAGUCUGGUUCCAUGCAACAUUACAGGUCACCUUAGAUUUAAGGUACUCCACCACACAAUUUUGAACAAGACAUAGAAUUUAUGAAUAGUCUUUGGAAUAAUUGUGGCAAUUAAGUGCUUUUGAACUAAAAACUUUCAAAAUUUAUUUUAAAAUAUAAGGAAAUAAAAUAAAGAAAUAAAGCA